UAGGAUAGGCGUGGUUUAUCCAAUGCUUGGUGUUGUUUUGCUAGCAUGUGUAGGAUGCACGUCGGCCUACGUUUCUCGCGAUGUUGUCUACUUUGGGACGGCAAAAGCAUCAUUUCACAUCACACCUAAAACUGAAUACCAGCUUUUCAACUACACCUGCAAGAAUCUCUUAGGAGGCUUGGUGACAUUGUGGUGGCUUCAUGGAGGAUGGACGACAUUCAAUCAAACUCGAGUGAAAGCUUAUGUGGAUGGAGAGACGACUCCGAGUUUUAAUAUUCAAGUCUACACUGCUGUUGCAAUGGGGUUCAAUGAUGAGUCACAUGUGCCAUGGGGAAACACAAGACUUGGUUCAUCUGGUCAUCAAGGAGCCUACAAUGCCAUACGUAUUCCGUUCUACCGCAAUUUUAGCAUGACACUAACGAUGGAUUCUAGAGAAACAAAAAAUCAAACUGGAUGGUUUUACAUUCGUGGAUUAGAAGCUACAGCAUUGCAACUUGGAGACUCUUUGUUUAUUCCACCAUCUACAGGAGCUCGAUUGCGUGUCUACACGUCCGAGAAUGUCACCCUCCAACCGUUAGACUAUAUAGACGUAGUUCCUAAGCUGAUGGGAAGAGGAGCCCUGUAUGCGGUCACAGUUAUGAUUCAGAGUAAAAAUUUUGAUGUUCUGGAAGGCUGUUUUAGAGCAUACUUCAACAGCUCUAAUGAAAAUGUUACUCUUCUUAGUAGUGGUACAGAAGAGUACUUCUUUUCUUCUUCGUACUUUGGUGCUGCAAGUAAUGGUUUUGCUCUGCCCAUGUCGGGUCUGUUGCAUUACCAUGCCAACACAACACUUUCUGCUUACAGAGUUCACCAGGUAGAUCCAAUCAUAUUCAACAGUGGCUUCAGACUGAGGUGGCGAAAUGGAGAAAAGGCUGAUCCAGCCAGUGGUCAAAAGUGUACGGCAAUUGACAGUGGAAACGUCAUUGGUCAUCCAGGUGUUAGCCACGUAACUUUCUAUGCUUAUGUGUAUCAGUGGCCAUAGAAACUGCUGUCUAUUGUUUUACGGCUAGUGGUAGUAUAGCGAGGGUACCAAUCUGUCAGUUAGGUACAGGAGAUUGAGCUUCGCCUUCACGCACGCACUCAUCUACGCACGCAUACUAAAAUUAUAACUAAGGGU